UUCAAGAUGGCAUGGCCGUCAGUAAGACAUAUAAGUUUAAUUUUAUCUUUAAUUUAUCUGAAGGUUAGCAGUGGUCAACAAAAUGGACUACUCAACCAAGGUAACAUUAAUAUGCCACUAGGAUCAUCAUUACCAAACAAUUUAAAUCAAAUUCCCAAAUGUCCCCUUCACCAGAAAAUGUUGAAUGGACAACUAUGUGGGAACACGCCACCGCCGAAUUUACAACAGCUGAGUUUACAACAGGCAGCUCUUCAACAACAAUUUAAUCUACAACAAGCGGCCAAUAUGCAACAAGUGUCAAAUUUACAAUCUGCCAUAAAUUCCCAGGCAAACUUACCACAGAUGAACGUACCCACAAAUGUCAAUCAAUUUAAUCUACAACAACCUGGUAAUUUACAACAGCUUAAUAUGCAACAAGCAGGAAAUCUUCAGCAACUAAAUAUGCAGCAAUUGCAACAACCAAACCCUAAUCUCCAACUAGGUUUUCCACCAAACAAUAUUCAGCAAAAUCUUUCUCCUAAUUUAGCUGGAUUACAGCUUGCCAAUAGUAACGUUCCCGAUUUUUCUUUUGCUUCAUCUCCAGUACCCAACAACCAAUUUUCGGGAAUUUCUCCUCAAAUGACUCAAUCAUUCCCUGAUGCCAGUAUGAUAUCUCCCAUUGCCCCUACAAUGUCAUAUUCUUUUCAUCCCGUACCACAACCUAUGGGCUAUCCUAAUAAUCAACAAAUUAUUAAUCCUACAACAUCAUUUACACCAAUUUCUGAUCUUGGUACAAUAAACAACCAACAGUAUGCGCUCGUGGCUUUGCCUAUUCAAAAUCAAAGGGCAGUAAAUGUUGUGCAACCUACUAUACCCAAUACGUCGCCAGGAUUACCAAACCAAGUCACUAUCAUAAAGUCAGUGCAACCACAAGGAUAUUUUGAUCCAAACACACCAUCAUCAGACUUAGAUCAAAAUAAAUUAUCUCUACUAUCUUCGCUGAUCUCUGAUACAACACCGUCUCAAUUCCCGUCAGGCUCUCCGCUUAAUAGUAAUUCUAUUUUGGGUGCAGCCCUAUCUAAAGCGGGUUCCAAGUCAUCGAAUUUACAGGCAUUGCUCCCUCUCAUAUUCAAUUUGUUGAAAGAGAAAAACAAUGGAUGCUCAUGCCACCACUGCGGAUGUACGAACAACAAACAAGAGCCACAAAUAUUCACUGGAUAUGCAAACCAAAACAAUUAUAGUCAUGAGACUACGUCCGAACCUUCAAAAGAUAAUGAAGACAUUGAAGAAACAACUGAAAGCCCAGAAACAAAGAUUCCCGAGGUCAAGAAAAAGUUGAUUAAGGAAAACACAAUAAAUAAUACAGACAGUAGUGAAUAUGAAUCAGAUAGUGAUGAUAAUUAUGACGACGAAGAAUAAAUUCUAAUAAUAAUUAAUUUGAAAUCAGUGAUAUUAAGUUAUUUUACUGUUAAGUUGAACGUAAUAUUUAAUUUAAUAAA